AGAGUGCAGUACGAAACAGAAACAAUGUAUAAGCAUUAUCGCAAAAAUGAAAACAACACUAUCGAAGUGUCCUAGGUAGUAGAUACAUCGAGUCUCCCAACCCAACAGUUGCUGUGACAGAAAAAAACAUUAUUUUGCACUGUUUACUGAUAUAUAGAAAUAGUUGUCACGAACUAAAUAGCUUGUGGUUUUGUGUUAGGCUUAGCAGAUCGAUCAGCUGAUAAUCACUUUAUCAAAACUCACUCGAAAUUAGAUGCCAGAACGUUGCUGGUCAGAAGUUGCUUAUCGGCCACAGAUGACACACUUCUGUUAUCAACUGUACCGCUCUACACAGCAGUUGUGUGUAAAUUAUGCUCAAUCUGAGGCAUGACUUAGUGACCUUCGCAAUACUAUAAAAUUGAAUGCAAAAGUGGUCAUUGGCUGUAGUAUAAAUUUACUCUUAAAAGCCUUCGUAUAUAUUCUUGUGAGUUUGUUUGGGUGUCGAAUUUUCGAUCAAUAAAAGCAAGUGCCUUGUAUUGUGUUUCAGUGUCUAUUUUAAAUUGGAACGAAACUGAUUGUUUAUCUCAUUUUCGUGAGCGGCUAAUAUGAAGUGAUUCAACAAGUUCUGAAUAGAUAAAAGUUACACUGCGCAUGAAAAUGAAACCUAAGCAAACAAUUAUUCAAUUUCGAAAUUGUCAUCUGCUUCGAAAUCACCACAUUAUUGUAGAAGAUCUCUGGGUCCGAGCAGGCCAAAUUAUAGAUCCGGAAAAGGUGUUCUUUGACGAACAAGAGCAAGCGAACUUACAAAUAGACUGCAAAGGGGCCAUCAUUGCACCAGGUUUUAUUGAUCUGCAAAUCAAUGGUGGUUAUGGAGUCGAUUUCUCAAAUGAUGUUACCACCGUUGAGGAAGGUGUUCGAAAAGUAUCGCAGGGUCUUCUGGCCCACGGUGUUACAUCGUUUUGUCCCACGUUAGUCACGUCACCGGCCAGUACGUAUCAUGCGGUGCUACCGAAGAUUUCCAAAAAAGCAGGUGGUCGCCAUGGAGCUACAAUUUUGGGAUGCCACGUUGAAGGUCCAUUCAUCAACAGUAACAAAAAAGGGGCCCAUCCACAGGAGUGCAUAAGAGAGUUUGAGAAUGGCCUUCAAACCGUUUUGGACAUGUACGGCUCACUCGAUAACAUAAGCAUUAUUACAGUUGCACCUGAGAAGGCAGGAGCCUCUAGUGUGAUACGUGAGUUAAGUUCUAGAGGCAUCACGGUUGCUGUUGGUCAUUCCAUGGCUAACCUUCGCGAUGGAGAAGUGGCGGUACAACAUGGAGCCAAGCUGAUAACACAUCUGUUCAAUGCUAUGCUGCCUUUUCAUCACCGUGACCCUGGCCUCGUUGGUCUGCUAACUACGGACAACAUUCCCCCGAAUUCUAUGGUUUACUUUGGAAUAAUAUCUGAUGGAGUGCAUACUCACCCGGCGGCGCUACGAAUCGCCUACAAAACCCAUUCAGAUGGGUUGAUUUUAGUCACUGAUGCGAUAUCCGCGAUGGGUCUGACUGAAGGGCGACACCGGAUAGGACAGUUGGAUUUGGAAGUGCGCAAAGGACGAGCCUACAUAGCAGGAACCGACACGCUGUGCGGAAGCAUUGCGCCCAUGGAUGAGUGUAUAAGAUUUUUCAAGAAGGCUUCCGAUUGUUCAAUCGAGUACGCGUUGGAGGCAGCAUCUUUACAUCCUGCACGAUGUUUGGGAAUAGAGAAAAACAAAGGCACUCUGAAUUACGGAGGCGAUGCUGAUUUUGUUAUGUUGGAUGAUUCUCUGAAUAUAUUAUCGACCUGGAUAGCCGGUGAAUGUGUUUUCGAGCGUAAAACUGCCAGAUAAUCUUGGGAAUAGUCGAACCGCACUGAAGAAAAUUGUUGAUAUUCUUGGUAUCAGUAUGAUAAACCUUUAUUAAACGAUUUACUACAUAUUUUUAUGAAA